AUGGGAAAGUCGAAGAACAACAAGAAAGUGGCAAUCGCUGCUAAACCUGUUAAUUCUACUGCUCUUACUCAGGGUCGCAUCAGUUUUUCACAAAAAAGCCGAGCCGAAACCGCCGAAAUUCGAUCGAAAAAGGAAUCCGACGAUUUGGACCCUCCCAUCGUCAACAACAACAGCGACACCGAGAUGGAGGAGGUCGAGAACCCACUGAAGUACGAUCGCAUUGUCCAGAACAUCGAUUCGUCUCAGUGGAACCUGCAAACCCUUGCCUAUCUCUGCACAAUCUACCGUGCUCGUGGUCAACGCAACAAUAAAAAAGAAGUGGUCUUUGGAAAUGAGCUGUUCUCGGCAUGGGAGAACGAGCCCGAUUUCCGCUGGCCUUGGUGCGAAGGGUAUUCUGAAAAUUUCGUAGACCCUCCGGCGACUGAAUCCUGGGAGGAAGCAGCCGAGAAGCUACUACAGAUUUGUGAUGGGGAUUGGGACUUGGUCGAGCAACGCAUUCGAGCUGCGCUUGACCGAGACAUCAAGGACGAAUUUAUUGGGAACGAUCGUGAGCUAGUGGUAUAUGUACGAAGAUUAAUCCUCGGUCUGGCGGUCCAGGAUCCUUUGGUGAUUUUUCCGUUGGACGAGCCAUUGGAGGACACUACGUUUUUUAAUCGGUAUUGGGAUUUUACUUUGGAGAUCGAGCCUUGGUUACUACUGGAACUACGUCCUCUGGCUAAAGUCUGGGCCAUUGCGGAUGAACUUCUAGGCCACCCGUGGACCGACCCCGACACGACGACGGUAGUAACGGAAUUGGCUGAGCAUCGCUCCGCAGCCAAGGGCCGAAAACGUGAGCGCGAUCUGGACCCAUCAACGGAACGAAAAUCAGCUCCAAUUGACCCUCGCUCUCCGGCGCGAGGGUUCUUUCCGGAGGCCACCCCAAAACCAGUUCGCGACUCUAUUGCCCCCGAUACGGAUGAUUCGGUAAUGAUGGACACAACGGGUCCAUCGGUAAUUAGCCCCACCAAUAAACCAGUCAACGGCGAGUUUGCUUAUUGGUCCGACAACGAUGGGUCGGAGUCCGUUGAGUCGGCUCCAGACUUUUCUGCACCAUCGAAUUCGGACCAACCUCCUACUGAAGUGGUUGUGGGGAAGUCACCUGCCCCAGCUCAGCGGGCCAAUGACCCCUCGGCAACAGUAUUGAUCGACUCUCACUUGUCGAAGACUGAGCCUCCCAACCCUCCUCGACCGUCAGCUCCUCUGUCUGUGAAGAAGCAACUCACUUAUGUUGCCGCCUCACAGAAGAAGGCUGCUAUUCGGACCAAGUACCUCUCUGAAGAAAUGAAAGCCCGUGAGGUGACACAGAUGAAUUUGACUGGGCUCCCGCGCUCGAACGCCCAGUUCCUCUACGCUACAAUCAACUAUGAAUGGGAUGGCGACACAUCUGAAGGUGGUUAUAUUGAAAAGUGUUUCACUGAAGAAAUGGUCUCGGUGCUGUCUAUGGCUAUGGACAACGCUGAGGGCGACCUGGUCAUUCUUCCGGUGAGCGAACUCCGUGUACGGGAUAAGAAGUUGUGGCUGACCUCUAAAGAGAAAGUGGAGGAGCUCACCUACAAGAAGCUCAAGCCCUACAUUGACUGGUCCUGGAAUAAUGGCGCCCAAAUUGGUUACAACGCUAAGAACCCCGGCUCCAAGACUCUUCGCACCCGCAUUCGCGUCGCCCACAACUCUUCUCUGGACGACAUGUCCCGACUACUGGGUCAAUGUUUCGAGAUCACCGGCACGCAUGCAGGCGUCUUCCGUUCCCCGCUGCAAGUUAGUGAUCCUGUCCGAAUCGGUUGGCUACUGAACUACCCCAUGGGGAUUGGGAGAGCGGCACUUGAACGCGAGCUCAUGCGUCACUUCACCUUCAAGCGAGCUAUAGCCCUCGAACCUGCGUGGCCACAGAACCCCGGUACGGCGGGCCAAAAAUGGAUGCCCUCCAAGGGUCCAAAAGCGUGGCACAUUUGGGUAGCUGCUUCUGACGUGGAUAGAGUGGCACGGGCCCUCUUUGCAUGGCUCAGACCAGAGACAAAGAAGUGUCACAUGCCGUUUGGUGCCCGGACUCAGUUUGUCUACGACUGGGGGGCGAUUACGAAGGGACACCUCGGUGACCUCGCGCAACCAGGGGGGCAGUGGAAUGGCAUCAUUGGGAAACUCAUCAACACCCAUGACACUACCUCCCAGACCUGCACCUCCCUGGCUCCAUUGUUUCCUAUCCAAGGCAUGCUGACCAAGGUCUUCAUUCCCAAGUACUGCAAACAGGGCAAGGGCAAAUCCCUCCUCCAAUUCCUCUACGCGAUUCAGUGCAUACCAGCGGUCAAGAAACCUGCCCCUGCUCCGCCUGAACAAUCAGCCACACAGGACGCCGACACUCCAGACUCUCCAUUGCCACCUUCCGUGUCUUCUACUCCUCCAGAACCGCCAUCAACCAACCCAAGUGUAACUGCCCCCACCACAGCUCAGCCAACUCUACCCACCUCAUCCACCAAGCGUUCCAGUUGCAAGGGGUCUAAGCAUUGCCGGGCCAAGCAACCUCUUGAGAAACCUACGGAGACGCCUCAGGCUACUCCCCCCACACCUCUUCCACGGCCCACUCCGGCACUGAAGUCUACACCCCAGUCAGCAACCAACCCUCCUACGGCGUCGUCUGCUCGGGCAAAACUUUCUGCAUCUGAGCAGCCCCUGGUCACUGAGGCAUUUGAUCGCAGCGCAUGGCUGGCGGCAAUGGAUGCGGAACUUAACCAGGGCCCCCGGUCUCUUCCAAAUGAUUCUACCAGGCCCAAUCGAUGGCUUCUAUGUGACCUGAAGCAUCAGCGGAAGACAUGCCGCACCUGGCUCUGCUUGGACCACUAUAAUCGAACGGUUGCCAACGCUAUGACCUGGGACCAAAGCCAACAUCGUGAAAUCUCGGAGUAUGAGCGGGACGUCGAUUUGGACCAGCAAGUCGAGAAAGAUGAUAAUGAGUGGAUUGAGAAGCUCCUCGCGGCAGAGCAGGCUUCUCCAGCAUUUGAGGGCACCAUCACGAUUGACCUGUCGAUGCCAGCUGCAAAGGAUAUGGAUGACGGGGCUACGGUAGGCAGCGCGGCAAAUAUGGCAGCACUAUUGGAGAACAUGAAAGCGGAUGUCAACGACCUUUGCACGGAACUAGAGACUGCGGCGGAAAAACUGGCUCAAGCUAAGGAUGCGGAGGCUGCCAAGGACGCUCGUAUCCUUGAACUGGAGGCCAAAAUGGCGGAACAAGCAUCGGUAACAGGUAAGCACCAUUCGUCAAGCCCCUCCUCCAGCAAGGCAACAUCAUCGGCUGACAGUGGGGGUGGCCCCCCCGGCGGUGGUCCCUACCCACCAACGGUCCCGUCACGCAAGGUUGCGGCGUUUGACGGAAGGCCGAGGUCGAAAUCUACGCAACCAACACACAUCCAGCCAGGUGGCCCACUCCUUGCUGGAUGCUUAUUUAAACUCUCUCCCUCCCGGUAA